AUGGGUUGCAGAGGCUCUGAGAAGGCAAAGAUGAAGUGUAAGAAAGGAUUGUGGUCUCCUGAAGAAGACCAGAGGCUUAAGGAUUACAUUCUCAAUCAUGGCUAUGGAUGUUGGAGUGAAGUUCCUGUUAAAGCUGGGCUGGAAAGAAAUGGGAAGAGCUGCAGGCUAAGGUGGAUCAAUUACCUCAGGCCUGGAAUAAAGCGGGGAAAGUUUUCACAGGAAGAAGAAGACUUGGCUAUGAAGCUUCACGCUGUGCUGGGAAACAAGUGGUCUCAAAUAGCAAUGCAUCUACCGGGAAGAACUGAUAAUGAAGUCAAGAACUAUUGGAACACUUAUCUUAAGAAAAAAGUGAAAAAAUCAGAAGAAUCAGCUUCUGCUAAACUUUCAGAUCACAAUCCCUCAACAGACUCAUCAGCUGAAAAUUACAAGAACAAACAAGAAAAUUUCAAUAAAAUUUUGCUUUUUGACACGAUCGAGCCAGCGGAAUCAUCAUCAUAUAGUCAUGGCUUCUCUCAACAGAAAUCAUGGCCAAAGGUUAUGUUUGCAGACUGGAUAUUUGGAGAGAAUUCAGAUGGUCUACUGAGCUUAGAAAGCUCAGAUGGAGGGAAAGGACUGGCUUGGGAUUCCUGUAGCUUUGACAGCAGAGAAACACUUAGCAAUGGCGAUUUAAGAGCUAUGAGCAAUCAAGAAUUUGCUGAAGGUGGAAGCUAUGUUUCAUGUUUUGAGCCUGUUGAUUUGAUAGGAAGUGAUUCUUUUGAUCUUUUGUCAUUUGGGGGUAAUUUUGGAGGUUUUGAAAUGAAUCAGGAUUUGAUGUUUUGAUCAGUGAUUGUCAUUAUAAGUUUCUCACU